GCAAUUCAAAAUUUCUGCGGUUUUUUGAUGCUCUAGGAAUCGAAGAUGAGUCUCCGAAAGGGUUCGAAGGUCUGGGUCGAAGACAGAAACUCCGGUUGGGUCGCAGCUGAAGUGACUGAUUUUGUUGGGAAACAAGUUCAAGUUGCCACUGAAUCUGGGAAGAAGGUUUUGAGUUUUCCCGAGAAGCUGUGUCCGAGGGAUGCCGAAGCGGACCAUGGAGGAGUGGAUGACAUGACGAAAUUGACGUAUUUGAAUGAGCCUGGUGUUCUUGACAACCUUGAGAGGAGAUAUGCUCUCAAUGAAAUUUAUGUGGGUUGA